UCCGAAUAAGAAAACGGCGUCGUACUAGUCAUCUUCUCGGCUUCUCCGUAUCAACUACGUCAUAAUAAAAAAAAUAGUAAACCCCAAACACCAGGAAUAACAAGUAUUCAAAUUCAAUCACUUGAUCUGUACAUAUAUACAAUACAUACAUUUUUGAUUAAAUCUCCCAGGAGAUCUCUCUCCCUUAAACCCUAAUUAAAUGUAAAAAAUUGUAUAUUAAACCUAUAGAUACACCUAUACAUACAUAUAUAAGCCCUAAUUGAGACAAUGUCUUGGGGAUUAGGGUGGAAAAGAGCCACAGAGACGUUCCAUUUGUCACUAUACUACGGGACUGAAGAUACAUUAGAGGAUUAUAGUCCUUCGUCGUCGUCAAGAUCUUCGUCGGAUUCGUCGAUUUCGUCGAGUCCUGAUCAAUUAGCGUUUCAAUUGCAGCAGCAAUCGGGGAAUCCGUUUGAUCUAGGGUUUCGGAUUGAUUUGGAAUGGAAUGCGGGGGAUGAUGAGGAUCAGGUGGCGUUGCGGUUGCAAUCGCAGGUGAUGGUGGCGUUGCCGGCUCCGCAGGAUAGUGUGGAGCUGGAGUUUAGGGUGGAGGAGGGGAAUGUGGGGGUGGAUAUGAAGGUUGUCAAGAGGAGGGAGCCGUUGAGGGCGGUCACGAUGGGGAGGGUGGGAGGGUGGAGUCAUGCGAGUGAUGGGAUGGGGGUUUUGAUUAGGUUGUUGAGGAGUAAUUUUUCGAAUAGUGGGGGGCCGGGGAGUCCGGUAGGGGCGGGGGAUGGUGGGGGUGGAUGCGCGGACCAUUGGAAGAACGUUACGCUUGUUAGUCUAUGUGGAUGUGGUUUGGCGGCUCUUCCAGUAGAAAUAACUCGAUUGCCACAUCUUGAGAAGCUAUACCUUGAUAAUAAUAAGCUAUCUGUUUUGCCACCGUAUCUGGGGGAGCUGAAAGACUUGAAGGUCCUUACUGUUGACUACAACAUGUUGGCUUCAGUGCCUGUUGAGUUGAGAAAAUGUGUUGCACUGGUGGAGUUGUCAUUGGAACACAACAAACUGGUCAGGCCUCUUCUUGAUUUUAGGGUUAUGGCUGAGUUGCGUAUCCUAAGGCUAUUUGGCAACCCACUUGAAUUUCUCCCUGAAAUCUUACCAUUGCAUAAACUACAUCACCUAUCUCUUGCAAAUAUUAGAAUUGUAGCAGAUGACAAUCUAAGGGCCGUUACUGUGCAAAUAGAGACGGAGAAUAGCUCAUACUUUGUUGCAUCUCGACAUAAACUUAGUGCCUUCUUCUCUCUUAUAUUUCGAUUUUCUUCUUGUCACCACCCUUUACUAGCAUCUGCCCUGGCGAAAAUAAUGCAAGAUGAGGGAAACCGGGUAGUUGUUAGUAAAGAUGAGAAUGCAGUGCGGCAGCUUAUCAGUAUGAUAAGUAGUGACAAUCAACAUGUGAUUGAACAAGCAUGUUCAGCUCUUUCAUCUCUUGCCUCGGAUAUUACAGUGGCAAUGCAGUUGAUGAAAUCUGACAUCAUGAAACCCAUUGAAAGAGUACUAAGGUCUGCUGGUUCUGAAGAUCUAAUCUCUGUACUGCAAAUUGUUGUCCAGUUAGCUUUUGCCUCUGAUAGUGUGUCUCAAAAGAUGUUGACCAAGGACUCGUUGAAAUCAUUGAAACUGUUAUGUGCCCAUAAAAAUCAAGAGGUACAAAGGCUGGCAUUAUUAGCAGUUGGGAAUUUAGCUUUCUGUUUAGAAAAUCGCUCUACUCUUGCCACUUCCGAAAGUUUGAGAGAACUUCUUUUGCGACUAACAAGUUCAUCUGUGCCACGUGUGAGUAAAGCUGCAGCUCGUGCUUUGGCGAUCCUUGGGGAAAAUGAGAGUUUAAGGCGUGCCAUUAAAGGCAGACCAGUAGCGAAGCAAGGGUUGCGCAUACUAUCCAUGGAUGGAGGUGGAAUGAAAGGUUUAGCGACUGUGCAGAUACUUAGAGAGAUAGAAAAGGGUACUGGAAAGCAGAUGCACGAAUUGUUUGACCUUAUAUGUGGCACAUCAACUGGUGGUAUGCUUGCUGUUGCUCUUGGAAUUAAACUAAUGAGUUUGGAUAAAUGUGAAGAUAUAUACAAAAAGCUUGGAAAGCUUGUUUUUGCUGAACCUGUGCCAAAGGACAAUGAAGCAGCAACCUGGAGAGAAAAGCUAGACCAGCUCUAUAAAAGCUCGUCACAGAGUUUUAGGGUUGUUGUGCAUGGAUCUAAACACAGUGCAGAUCAGUUUGAGAGGUUAUUGAAGGAGAUGUGUGCUGACGAGGAUGGUGAUCUCAUAAUAGAAUCAGCUGUUAAAGGCACUCCUAAGGUUUUUGUAGUAUCAUCUCUAGUCAGCAUGGUGCCAGCCCAGCCUUUCAUUUUCCGUAAUUAUCAGUACCCUGUGGGCACAGUAGAAACACCUCUUGCUAUAUCUGAAAGUCAACCAGUCGGUGGGUCUGGAUCACCAACCAUUGGUGCUAAAUCUGGAUACAAGCGCAAUGCGUGCAUAGGAAGUUGCAAGCAUCAAGUGUGGCAAUCCAUAAGAGCAUCAUCUGCUGCUCCAUAUUAUCUGGAUGAUUACUCCGAUGACGGUUAUCGCUGGCAAGAUGGUGCUAUUGUGGCUAAUAAUCCUACUAUCUUUGCAUUACGGGAGGCACAACUUCUAUGGCCUGAUGCAAAGGUUGAUUGUUUGGUUUCAAUCGGUUGUGGUUCUGUUUCAACAAAGGUGCGCAAAGGAGGCUGGCGCUAUUUGGAUACCGGGCAAGUGUUAAUUGAAAGUGCAUGCUCAGUUGAAAGGGUGGAGGAAGCUUUGAGCACUUUGCUUCCGAUGCUUCCAGAGAUACAAUAUUUUCGGUUCAAUCCAGUUGAUGAACGCUGUGAUAUGGAACUGGAUGAGACUGACCCAACAGUUUGGUUGAAGCUGGAGGCUGCAACAGAAGAAUAUAUUCAGAAUAACUCCCCUGCAUUCAAGAAUCUUUGCGAAAGACUGCUCCAGAAUCAGCAAGAUGACACUUCACAAUAUCUUAAAGGAAAGGUUCCUAGUUCUGUUUCACAUGAGAAUAGUCCCUCUUUAGGCUGGAGGCGCAAUGUUCUACUUGUAGAAGCUUAUCACAGUCCUGAUUCUGGAAGAGUUAAUCAUCAUGCUCGGUCACUUGAGACAUAUUGUGCUCGUAAUGGUAUACGGCUAACUCUUGGUAGUGAGUUAGCAUCUGGAACGUACAAGGACAUAUCGAGAAAAAACUUUCAGACUCCAUUUACGUCACCUUUGUUCACCGGGAGUUUUCCAUCUAGCCCACUUUUGUAUAGUCCUGAUAUUGGUGCUCUCAGAAAUGGAAAAAUUGAUAUGGUACCACCUUUAAGUCUGGAUGGCCACCAGUCAGCAAAAUCAUAUGCUUCACCACCCGACUCCCCUCUGGGACACAGGCAGCUCUCUGUACUCGUAAAAUCACUGCAUGAGAAACUGCAGAAUCUGCCACAAGUUGGUAUUGUACAUUUAGCUCUUCAGAAUGAUACAUCUGGCUCAAUAUUAAGUUGGCAAAAUGACGUAUUCGUGGUUGCUGAACCUGGAGAACUUGCGGAUAAGUUCCUGCAAAGUGUUAAAUAUAGCAUGCUGACUAUACUACGGGGUCGACAGAGGAAGCAUGCAUCUGCUAUCACCGAUAUUUCUAGUAUUUCAGAUCUUGUUGCAUGUAGACCAUACUUUCAAGUUGGCUGCGUAGUCCACCGAUAUAUAGGCCGCCAAACACAGGUUAUGGAAGAUGGUCAAGAAAUUGGGGCAUACAUGUUUCGUAGAACAGUUCCAUCUAUGCACUUGACCCAUGAUGAUGUUCGUUGGAUGGUAGGUGCUUGGAGAGACAGGGUUAUCAUAUGCACAGGUACCUAUGGACCAACACAGGCUUUAAUCAAGGCAUUCUUAGACUCUGGUGCAAAAGCUGUAAUAUGCCCAGCAACGGAACCACACGAGAUGCAGAUAACAUCGUUUCAUGGAUCAAUCGAAUUUGGUGCUUUGGAGAAUGGAAGGUUUGAGAUUGGUGAGGAUGAAGUAGAAGAUGAUGAGACAGAGCCUGCCAGUCCAGCAAGUGACUGGGAAGAUAGUGAACCUGACAGGUGUGGGGAGCAUGGAAAGUUUUCCUGGGAGGAUGAUGAGGAUGAAAUGUCUCAAUUUGUCUGUCAGUUGUAUGAAUCAUUACUCAAGGCAGGCGCAAGAAUUGAUGUUGCUCUACAAAAUGCUCUUGCCUCACAUAGAAGCCUACGCUUUCUAUGCCAUCUCCCAACUAUACAAUAAUUUGUUAAUAGACAUGUACAAUAGAAAUCAUUUUACCAUAUUACAACAGAGAAAGAAGUGAAAAUGAAGAAUCACAAAACAGGAAUAGAAAAGAGGAUAUAGGUAUUGUGUACGGAAUGUAUCAAUGUAAUAACAAGAAUCCAAUUUUGAGUUGCUGUCUAGUGAAUAAAAUUAUAAGUAUAUGCACAAUAAGUUGUAUACUCUGGUGGAGCUGAGCUUGUGUCUUCUUUAUGGUGCUAUUUAUGUUCAGUUUGUGGGCAGAGGAAAGGAGAUUGUGUAAAUUUCUUACAUAAUAGAUUGAUGACAAAUACGAAGCUUUCCGUUUGA